UUGUAGGCGCUCUGUGGGGCGAGGGGAGUUCCCCCGGGGCUGUUCCCCCAGCUGCGUUCCAGCGGUGGGACAGGCCGGGGCAGGCCCGGGGGGCUCUGAUGCCCUCAGUGAGCCCAGGCCCUGGGAUCGGUUCCCCCGGGCUGGGGUGGGGGCACUGCACGGGGACACGCUGUCCCCGGCCGCGUCCCAGCGUGUCCCUUGUCUUGCUGCUUGCUCUGGAUUUGCCAAGCUUGGCUUCAGUGUUUUGAGCCAAGGUUUGUUGUAAAAGGUGGUGUUUGGCCUCUUCUUCUGAGGGUGGUCCAGUUAUGACCACAGUGAGCCGUGUGUGCUGUCUGGUUCCUUUCUGUCGUUCAGCGUGGGUGUACAAGCUUGUAACUGGAUUUUUCAGUGGAGCUUAGCUUGUGCCAGURGCUUGUCCCAGCUGGUGUGGCUGAGUAGGAGCACAUGUCGAAGUGUGAGGCCCUUGAACAAUUCAAUUUUGGCUAAUUAUUGACAUCAAAACCUCUCAGAAGGCUUCCGUUCUCCCUUCCAGCUGUAGUUUUUUUUAACCAUAUAAARUUUUCCAAAUGCUUCUGCUUUGGAAAUGCUGAUGUGUGAAAAGCAWCUUGGUGUUUCYUUAAUAGGUCCACUAUUUUCAUUUGUGUACUUAUUUCUGUGCUUGAAUUUAGGAGGAGAGACUUCAGGUUGUGUUUUACUGUUAGAUUUACAGGAGGCAUAUGUUUGCAAGGAGUAGUAGCUGCCUGAGAAGCAGCAGUUUGAGAUCAUCCUCAAGGCAGUCAUUUUUCCUCUUGAGGUUUUAGUUGUCUGAAAGAUCCCUUCUGGCUUUUUGGAGAAGGCGAUGUUUGGUCAUCACAUGCUGUGAAAGGGCAGGACCUUGUGGUUGCUUUUAAACCAGUUUAACAGGUUAAAGGCAACAGAAGUUGAAAACACCCUCACAAAAAUACCCUCCUGGCUUUGCUCUGGGGYUCCCCUCCAUCUCCAGGAUGGCAGGUGGCAUCACUGACACCGGAGAGCUUUACUCUCCUUAUGUGGGCCUGGUUUACAUGUUCAACCUCAUCGUGGGAACAGGAGCCCUGACCAUGCCCAAGGCCUUUGCCACAGCAGGGUGGCUCGUCAGCCUCAUCCUCCUGAUGUUCCUGGGAUUUAUGAGCUAUAUGACUACGACCUUUGUGGUAGAAGCUAUGGCUGCUGCAAACGCCCAGCUGAGAUGGAAGAGAAUGGAAAAACGCAAGGAGGAUGAUGAGGAUGAGGAUUCUUCCUCUGGAGUGUCUGACAGUGAUGUUCUCCUCCAAGAUGGCUACGAGCGAGCAGAGACCCGGCCUAUCCUGUCAGUGCAGAGACGUGGCUCAGCCAAUAUCUUUGAAAUCACUGAGAGGGUGGAAAUGGGCCAGAUGGCUUCCAUGUUCUUCAAUAAAGUGGGUGUCAACCUCUUCUAUUUCUGCAUAAUUAUCUACCUCUAUGGAGAUCUGGCAAUCUACGCAGCAGCGGUGCCKGUCUCUCUCAUGCAGGUGACCUGCAGUGUCACUGGCAACCAUUCUUGCAGUGUUGGAGAUGGCACAAAGUACAACGACACGGACAAGUGCUGGGGGCCAAUUCGAAGGAUUGAUGCUUACAGGCUCUAUCUGGCAGCAUUCACGCUCCUCCUGGGUCCUUUCACCUUCUUCAAUGUGCAGAAGACCAAGUAUCUUCAAAUCAUGACGUCCCUCAUGAGAUGGAUAGCUUUCAUCCUCAUGAUUAUUCUGGCCCUCAUCCGCAUCAGCAGAGGCCAAGGUGAAGGUCACCCGUCCAUGGCCCAGCUGUCGGGCAUCCGCAAUCUGUUUGGAGUGUGCGUCUACUCCUUCAUGUGCCAGCACUCCCUGCCAUCCCUCAUCACCCCCAUCUCCAAGAAGAAACACGUCAACAAGCUGGUGCUGCUCGAUUACAUCCUGAUCCUGGCCUUCUACAGCCUCCUGUCCUUCACUGCCAUUUACUGCUUCCGCAACGACACUCUCAUGGACAUGUACACGCUCAACUUCACCAACUGYGAGAUCAUCAGCGUGGCCUUCAUUCGCUACUUCCUGGGCCUCUUCCCCGUCUUCACCAUCAGCACCAACUUCCCCAUCAUCGCGGUGACCCUGCGCAACAACUGGAAGACCCUUUUCCACAGAGAAGGGGGCACCUACCCGUGGGUGGUGGAUAGGAUUGUCUUUCCUGCCAUCACGCUGAUCCCCCCAGUGCUGGUGGCUUUCUGCACCCACGAUCUGGAGUCCUUGGUGGGGAUCACAGGAGCCUACGCUGGGAAUGGGAUCCAGUAUCUCAUCCCAGCUUUCCUCGCCUACUGCAGCCGGAAGGACACUCAGCUGGUUUUUGGCAGYGGGACGGUGAACAAGCACCUCUCCCCUUUCCGGCACACCUUCUGGAUUGUGUUUGUGCUCAUCUGGGGCUUCUCUUGCUUCGUGUUUGUAACUGCAAACAUUGUCCUGAGCGAGUCAAAGCUCUGAUGAGGGUUAGCAGCACACUCUCGCCGGAGCUCCAGAGAUUCCAGCAUUUCAGCUCCCCCUCUGGAACUGUGAGUGAGGGGGACYGGCAGUGUGAAGGGAAAUUUCCAGGCUGUUGGCUUGGUGACACAGACUUUCUUCACUCCACUUUGGGUGUGGAUGGAAUGGACUCAGCCUUGUUACAGUUCUGGUUCUCAGGCGAAGCCCUGGGGCUGAGCCCUUGGCAGCCUGAACCAUUAACCAAUGCCCAGCUAUUCCUGCCUUUGGCUCUGUUGGAGCAGCACAUCCUCUGUCUGUCCAUGGAUGUCUGUGUGCUGCAGGUCUCGGCACACAGGAGAGAGCCAGCCUUGGCUGCUCACUUCACUAAUCACUAAAUGUCCCUUCUCCCAAAGGCAGGAAUGUGCUGUGCAGAGUCCAGCAGGAGUUUGGGAGAACUGAGUCUCCCACUGCUGAGACUCCUUCAGACCAACCUCCUAUGCCAGCUGAAGGAAAAAAUUAGGGUGGAAAUAGACCUAAUUCAGAAGGAAACAAUUUUGUGCUGUUACAUUUUCUUUUUCUAGAAGCAUUAUCAUGUUUGUUCACAUUGCCUGGGAUCGGGGAUCUUUUGCUUCGAGCUGGAUUUCUCCAGCCUGGGAGUUUACAUUCACACUUCCAUCCUGUUCUCCUGUGCUGUGGCAGCCCAGCUGGGCAGAGCAGUGCCCCUCUGCAUGCAGGGAUACAGCUCUUCCCACUGGAAAGGAAAUCAGCCUUGCUUCCCUCAGCACUGGCAGGUGACUCGGAGCUUUCCCUGGCAGAGCCUUCUCCCUGUCUCAGCUUUGCCCGGGGCUGGUACAAGCAGCCAGGCCCUGACUCCAGCGGCCGGGAUUGGGAUCGGGAUCGG